UAUAAUUUCCACCUGUUGUCUAUUCCAUUUGCACAACAGCAUGUGAAAUUUAUUGUCAAUCAGUGUUGCUUCCUAAGUGGACAGUUUGAUUUCACAGAAGUGUGAUUGACUUGGAGUUACAUUGUGUUAAGUGUGCACAACUGAGCAAGAUGACAAGUACAUUAGUGUCUGGUUUUGAGAAACAGACGUCUCGCAAGUCUUCAACUAGCAGCUUCAUUAAAUAGUACCCGCAAAACACCACACUCAACAUCAACAGUGAAGAGGCGACUCUGGGAUGCUGACCUUCUAGGCAGAGUUGCAAAGAAAAGCCAUAUCUCAGACUGGCCAAUAAAAAUAAAAGAUUUAAGAUCGGCAAAAGAAUACACACUUGACAGAAAUAUGGCUUUUUCUUUGCAACUCUGCCUAGAAGGCCAGCAUCCCGCAGUACGUGAACAAUGGUAGACAUCUUGAAGCAUGUCGGGACAACAGAGAUUGAGUAUGUCCGUAAACACUCCAGUCUGCUGGUCUGCGCAUGCUCUGAGGCCGCGGCUAGGGGUGCCAUCUGGACCGGCAGCCUUGCGAGGGUUAGCACACUUAAAUGUCUUACUCCAGUCAGCCACGGAGGAGAGCCCACAGUUCUUGGUAACGGGCAACGUCUGUGGCUGUGUUAUCCUCAAUGCGAGCGAAGGUGUUUAGCUUGUGCGGAAGCAAGAUGUCGGUAUCCGUGACGUGGCUGGUUUUGUAGUCCGUGAUUGUCCGUAGACCCUGCCACAUACGUCUCGUGUCUGUGCCGUUGAAUUGCGACUCCACUUUGUCUCUAUACUGACCGUUUGCCUGUUUGAUUGCCUUACGGCGGGAAUAACUACACUGUUUGUAUUCGGUCACAUUCCCAGUCACCUUGCCAUGGUUAAAUGCAAUGGUUUGCUCUUUCAGUUUGCGAAAACAGUCUACUUUCUCUUUUGCAGCUCAAGCAGUUAUUCUAGGCAAGGCUAUUCUGUGUCAAGUCAUUUGCUCAAGGCCCAAGCCUAUACUUCGCCAUCUACUGGUAUCACGUUAUUAUGGAAUGCAGUUCUAAAACAAGCUUUGGACAUUUUAUUUUGGAAAUGAAACUGGAUGCUCUAAAGCAACUUUAACUUCUGGGGGGCAGUAUUGAGUAGCUUGGAUAAAAAGGUGCCCAGAUUAAACUGCCUGCUACUCAUGCCUAAAAGCUAGAAAAUGCAUAUAAUUAGUAGAUUUGGAUAGAAAACACUCUGAAGUUUCUGAAAAGGGUUAACUGAUGUCUGUGACUAUAACGGAACUCAUAUGGCAGGCCAAAACCAGAGGAAAAAAUCCAAACAGGAAGUGUGAAAUCUGAGGUUUGUAGUUCUACUCAUUCCCUAUCAAACAGUGUCUAUGGGGUCAUAUUGCACUUCCUAAGGCUUCCACUAGAUGUCAACAGUCUUUAGAACCUUGUUUGAUGUGUCUACUGUGAAGAGAGGGGAAUGAGUCAGUCUGGCAGAGUGCCAUUAGCUGACCACGUGCAUUCGCGUGAUAGUUGGCUUGCGUUCCAUUGCAAUUUUACAGACAAGGGAAUUCUCCAGUUGGAACAUUAUUGAAGAUUUAUGAUUAAAAAAACAUCCUAAAGAUUGAUUCUAUACUUCGUUUGACAUGUUUCUACGAACUGUAAUAACUUUUGGUCUGGACUUUUGCAUGGACUUGCCUGCGCGUCGUGAUUUUGGAUUGUGUACUAAACGCGUGAACAAAAGGAGGUAUUUGGACAUAAAUAAGGGACUUUAUCGAACAAAUCAAACAUUUAUUGUGGAACUGGGAUUCCUGGGAGUGUAUUCUGAUGAAGAUCAUCAAAGGUAAGUGAAUAUUUAUAAUGCUAUUUCUGACUUCUGUUGACUGCACAGCAUGGUGGUUAUCUGUUUGGCUGUUUUGUUGUCUGAGCACUGUACUCAGAUUUAUUGCAUGGUGUGCUUUUUCGGUAAAGCUUUUUUGAAAUCUUUCACAGCGGUUGCAUUAAGGAGAAGUUUUAUCUAAAGUUCCAUGUAUAAGACUUGUAUUUUCAUCAACAUUUAUGAUGAGUAUUUCUAUAAAUUGAUGUGGCUCUCUGCAAAAUCACCGGAUGUUUUGGAAUUACUGAACAUAACAUGCCAAUUUUUGGAUAUAAAUAUGAACUUUAUCGAACAAAACACCGAACAAAACAUACAUGCAUUGUGUAACAUGAAGUCCUAUGAGGGUCAUCUGAUGAAGAUCAUCAAAGAAACUUCUGUAACUGCAAGCACGCCUGAUGUCUGCCGAGGCUUCCGCAGGGAGUGUGGCAGCUGCCUCCAUCCUCGCCACCCAGGCCUCUGGCCAUUGCAGCGAGGAGAAGGGGGUUGGAGGUGGUCUGGCGGGGAGUAAAUAUGUGAAGCUGAAUGUUGGGGGCUCCCUGCAUUACACCACAGUACAGACCCUGAGCAAAGAGGACAGCUUACUGAGGAGCAUGUGCAAUGGAGGAGCAGAGGUCACCAUAGAUUCGGAGGGCUGGGUAGUGUUGGACAGGUGUGGUCGCCAUUUUGGCUUGGUGCUGAACUUUAUGCGGGACGGCUCGGUACCGCUUCCGGAGUCCCACCGAGAGCUGGAGGAAGUUCUGAAGGAGGCUCAGUACUACAGGGUCCAGGGACUAGUCCAGCACUGCACUUCUGCCAUGCAGAAACAAAGGGAUGUCUAUGAGGGGGUUUGCCGCAUUCCCAUGAUUACCUCAACCAAAGAAGAACAGAGAAUGAUAAACACCUGCAGGAAGCCUGUAGUAAAACUACAGAACAACAGAGGGAACAACAAGUAUUCGUACACCAGUAACUCUGACGACAACCUGCUGAAAAACAUUGAGCUGUUUGAUAAACUGGGGCUGCGCUUCAACGGGCGUGUCCUGUUUGUCAAGGACGUGCUCGGGGACGAGAUCUGCUGCUGGUCCUUCUACGGUGAGGGCCGCAAGAUCGCUGAGGUGUGCUGCACAUCCAUUGUCUACGCCACUGAGAAGAAACAGACCAAGGUGGAGUUUCCUGAAGCCCGCAUCUUUGAGGAGACCCUCAACAUCCUUAUCUAUGAGAAUGGGCGUGGUUCUGGCCCGGGAGGCGUGGCCCUUUUGGAGUCCUCAUCGCCUGGGGCCAGCCAAUCAGAGGAGGAGGGGGCCAGCGCAGGGGACCGAAGGGUGAGGAGGAUCCACGUGAGGAGGCAUAUCAUGCACGACGAGAGAGGACACGGCCAACAGACUGUGUAUAAGGACUGAGAAAAAAGAGUGAACUGUGGGGAUAAGGAGAGGAUAAAGAGAGGGAGUUAGCGGCAGGGUAAAUAUACAGGUUGUUUGGCGGCAGGGUUUUGCAUGGAGAGGUUAGGGCGGAUGUUUAGUAGGGGGAGUGGUACAGGUUCUUAUAUAAGGAAGCAGAUGUGGGACUUCAAGAUGCUUAUUAUCAAGGACUGAGAUAUUUAUUAUUUUUUGGUGCCCGAUUGGGGAAAACAACCCCUAACCCAAAAGGUGGGACUAAUACACUAAUGAAUGUGCACAAUUAUGGGAGAAAGGUAGAGAGAAUUGGACCACAGCAUAGGUCUGCAAAUACCUAGGGGCUAGAUUGGGCUAUCUCCCGACCAGGUUUGGGUGGUGGUGAUGUGACUGGAAGAUGGAGGGGUUCGCUGGUUCAAGUAAGGUACUUUUAACUGCACUAAAAGGGAACCGGGAUGGUGGAGUGAGGUAGUGGUAGUAGGUUAGAGACAAUGAGACUGCUGAGCAUUGCUGGAUGUUUAUUCCUUUUGAUUUGAUUACUGUUGUAUGUAUUUGUCUCUAUUUAUUAUUAUUUGGGUAAUUUGUCCUUUUAUAUAACUUUAAAUACAUUAUUUAUUAUUUAUUCGGUAUAGAUGUUGGUGGGAAUUGUAUGUGUUGAGGGUGCUGAUCUGAUUUGAUAUUUUGACCAGUUUAUGCACUGAUCACUUUCCUAACCGACACUUGAUGCCAUGCUCAUCCAUGGUCAUGUUUAACUGCCAUGUUUAACUGCCAUGUGAGUUCAUGUGUACACAUUGACUUGCUAAAUCAUGUUUUAAUAUUUUUUUGUCCAUGAUGCUACCGUGCCUAAUUGAAACAGGAUUUCAUGUUGUCUGAUGGUGAAAUCAGGCUUUAUUUGGCUCUCUAAAAAUCAUGUUUAAGUCUUUGUAUUCAAUUUGGUACAUAUUCCUUCCUCGCACAAUAAAAAAAUAACAGGUGAGAUGAAGGAAGUGAUCUGAACCCGGGAAGUGUAUGUCCCAGGGGUUAUUGGACACUUGUUAACCCAUAGACUCAUGUAAUCUGGCAGGUAAAUCUCACAUCCUAAUCCUAUAAAAAAAAAAAGUUUGGGGCAGUCCUGGAAUAAAACGCAUUUGCAAAGAAUGUUUUUUAAUCCAGGACUAGGGGCUUAAUCUGAUUCAAGAAAACCGUCCCAUAGUGUCUGCCAAGAUGCGCAAACAAUUUUUCCCCCCGUCAAAUGUUAUUUGUUAUAUUGUAACUAUCUUGGGUUUUAGAUAUUUUAUGGACCAUCAACAUUCUCAAUAAAAAUCUGAACCCUG